AUGGAGGAUCAGCAGCAAACUAUGUGUAUCGGGAAGAAGCGAGCAUUAACAGAGCCAUUUGAAGAGCUAGAAGAAGAGCGGGACAAGGCCAUAGCCGACGAGGUUCGGAAGUUACUGGAGGCAGGUUUCAUCCGGGAAGUAUAUUAUCCCGACUGGUUGGCUAAUGUUGUUAUGGUUAAAAAGACCAACGGAAAUUGGAGGAUGUGCGUAGAUUUUACAGACCUCAACAAGGCUUGCCCCAAAGAUAGCUACCCGUUCCCACGGAUAGAUACCCUGGUGGAUUCAACUGCAAGACACCAGCUCCUAAGCUUCAUGGACGCUUUCUCUAGCUACAACCAGAUCAAGAUGGACGAAUCUGAUCAGGAGAAGACCUUCUUCAUCACAAGUCAGGGAUUAUUCUGCUACAAGGUGAUGUCUUUUGGACUCAAAAAUGCUGGAGCAACAUACCAAAGGUUAAUGAACAAGAUGUUUGCACAUCAGAUUGGCAGGAAUGUUCAGGUUUAUGUUGACGACAUGUUGGUAAAAAGCCUGCACGAAGAAGAUCACCUAGACGACCUCAGAGAAACAUUCAAUACGCUCCGAUUGUUCAACAUGAAGCUGAAUCCGAACACAUGCGCAUUCGGAGUAACGGUGGGAAAAUUCUUGGGUUUCAUGGUAUCCCAAAGAGGAAUAGAGGUCAACCCGGAGAAGGUGCGGGCCAUAAUGGAGUUAGAACCACCAAGGACGGUUAAGGAGGUCCAAAGUCUAAAUGGAAAGAUCGCAGCUCUAAACAAGUUCGUCUCAAGGGCGAUGAAUAGGUGUUUACCAUUCUUCCGCACUCUAAGAAAAUCAUUUGAGUGGAUGGAUGAAUGCCAAAUGGCCUUCAACAACUUGAAGAUGUAUCUCUCGUCUCCACCGCUACUCAGUCCAUCCGUGCAAGGCGAAGAACUCUACCUUUAUUUGGCCGUCUCACAAGUCGCAGUAAGCGCAGCUUUGGUGAGAGAGGAGGACGGAACACAGAAACCCGUCUACUUUACCAGCUGUGCACUUCGUGGAGCAGAAGAGAGGUACCCUCAGAUGGAGAAGUUGGUUUUCACGUUGGUAAUCGCCGCGCGAAGACUUAAGCCAUACGUCCAGGCGCAUAAAAUCGUUGUCUUAACGGAUAAGCCACUGAGAAAAGCCAUGGAUAGUCCAGAAGUAGCAAGAAGAAUGGCUUUGUGGACAAUAGAGCUAAACGAAUUCGACAUCCAAUACCGCCCGCAGACAGCCAUAAAAGGGCAGGCAGUAGCUGACUUCAUCGCCGAGUUCACUCUCGGGGAAGGCCAGUUGGUAGAAGAGAAAGAACAGUGGAAUAUCUAUACAGAUGGAUCCUUAAACAGACGAGUCGGAGUAGUGAUCCAAACUCCGCAGGGGGAUAAGAUACAAUGUAUGAUCCGACUGGAUUUCCCAACAACCAACAACGAGGCAAAGUAUGAAGCCUUGGUCGCAGGGCUAGACCUUGCAAAGGCCGCGGGAGCAGAAAACAUAAUUGUCCACUACGAUUCACAAGUGGUGACCAGUCAGAUCAAUGGCGACUACAAGUGUAAGAACGAUAGAAUGAAGAGGUAUUUAGAAGAAGUGAAAUACCGAAUCAGCAACCUCGAAGUCGAAUUCAUUCAGAUCCCAAGGGAAGAGAACGAAUGGGCUGACCACCUAGCAAAAGCUGCGUCAGUCGAAUUCAUGCUGGUUCCCGAACAGGCUGGGGUGUUACCAGACAAGAAAGGCGCCACAAGAAAGUUGAAAGUCCAGGCAUUACGGCUCAUGCUGAUAAAGGACGUCUUAUAUAAAAGGGGUUUCUCUCGACCGUACCUGAGGUGUUUGUGCCAAGAGGAAGAAGAUUACGUGAUGAGAGAAGUACACGAGGGUAUCUGUGGGAACCACUUGGGUGCACGAUCACUUGUACACAAGUUGAUCCGAGUAGGAUACUACUGGCCUACAAUGAUGAAGGAUGUGCAAGCCUAUGUCCAGUCCUGCGACAAAUACCAGAGCACGUUCAGAGACUUCUACUCGGAGCUAGGGAUCAAGAAUCACUACUCGUCACCCGCACACCCACAAGCGAACGGGCAAGUCGAAGUCACGAACUGGUCCUUGCUCAAAAUAAUCAAGACCCGUCUCGAGGGGGCAAAGGGUAUCUGGCCGGACGAACUACCUAGCGUCCUAUGGGCAUACCGGACCACAACAAUAACAUCCACUGGAGAAACACCAUUCAGACUUGCAUAUGGAACCGAAGCUGUCAUUCCCGCAGAAGUGGGGCUCACGAGUUACCGGGUGGAGAGCUACGACGAAGAUAAGAACAAAGAGGCUAUAUGCCUCCAGCUUGAUCUAGUGGACGAAGUCAGAGCGGCAGCAGAGAAGAGGUUGGCGUGCUAUCAGAAUCUCAUGGCGAAACACUACAACAACAAAGUAAGGCAUAGGGACUUCCAGGUCGGGAAUCUUGUACUACAGAAAGUAAUGGGUGCCGUUAGAGAUCCUUCACAAGGAAAACUCAGCCCCAACUGGGAAAGACCCUACAGGAUCACAUCAUGGCAAAGGAAUGGCACCUACCACCUCGAGACAAUGGACGGACAAAAGCUGCAGCACCCUUGGAACACGGAGCAUCUUUGGAAAUACUACCAGUAG